AUGAACUUCCUUUAUCUUCUAGCUUUGGUUUCGAUGGUUACAGCCUUCAACUUAAAUGACUUCCUCCAUAGACGUGACGAAACAACCUCCAAGUCGUCCACUUUCGUUUACAUCACUGUUACCACGGGAGGACGCGUUAUCACCACGUCUUCCGCAUAUCAGCAGUCGUUCAAAACAACUUAUACUGAUACCACGGCAUCUGUGCCCGCUGGUAGUGCUGGGUUGGGCCUGAAAACGGGCAAUGUCGGUGCAGUGAAGUCGUACGAGCAGACGACCAUAAGCAACGCUGGCCCUGGAGGUUGGGGUUCAUAUGCUGGCAUUGUCGGCUGGGCCGCCAUUGCCCUUGGCUACUUGCUCUGA